AGAGAGAGAGAGAGAGAGAGAGAGAGAGAGAGAGAGAGAGAGAGAGAGAGAGAGAGAGAGAGAGAGAGAGAGAGCGAGCGUCCUUUGCUGCGCCACUACAGAAGAAGCUCGAGCCCUGAUCUGCUCCUUGACGCGCGCCGACGUUCGUCAACCACGCACGCGCCACCAUCCCUCCUCCGACUCCGCUGCCGCAUCGUCCGCAGCCAAUCCGCGGUUCGGGUCUCGAACCUGCGGCACCAUAGUGGUUCGUCGUGACAGUCGUCGUGAUGUCUGGGAUGCUGGAGGCAGCGCGCGGGGAUAAGCUCCAGGACGGCGAGUACGGCGAGAGAGCCGCCAAGCGCGCGAAGACAGAGCGGCACGGGGAGGAGGAGGAGGAGGAGGAGGAGGAGGAGGAAGAGGAAGGAGAGGAGCUGGAGGACGGGGAGGACGCGGAGGACUCGGACCCGGGCUCGGCAGCGGAGCAUGCGGCCCCGGGUACCGGAGGAGAGGCGACGGAGGACGGCCGCGGCCGGUGGAGGGCGAGCCAGCACGCUACGGAGAACGGGGUGGACAGCCACCAGAUCUCCCCCAGUCCGGUGGUCCACGUCCGGGGUCUCUGCGAGGCGGUGGUGGAGGCGGACCUGGUCGAGGCCCUGGACAAGUUCGGAGCCAUAUGCUACGUGAUGAUGAUGCCCUUCAAGCGUCAGGCGCUGGUUGAGUUCUCCGAGGCUCAGAGCGCAGACCGCUGCGUCUCCUGUGGAGCCAAGGAGCCUGUUUACAUAGCAGGCCAGCAGGCCUACUUCAACUACUCCACGUCGAAGCGCAUCACGCGCCCGACCAAUGCGGACAACCCCGACAGCGGAAACAAAGUCCUGCUGCUGUCCAUCCAGAACCCCCUGUACCCCAUCACCACGGACGUGCUCUACACGGUGUGUAACCCAAUGGGCAGCGUGCUGCGCAUCGUCAUCUUCAAACGCAACGGGAUACAAGCCAUGGUGGAGUUCGAGUCGGUCCAGUGCGCCCAGAAGGCCAAAUCCGCUCUGAACGGAGCGGACAUCUACGCAGGCUGCUGCACUCUGAAGAUAGAGUACGCUAGGCCCACGCGCCUCAACGUGAUCCGGAACGACGCGGAGAGCUGGGACUACACCAAGCCCUACCUGGAGCGGCGAGACCGGGGGAAAGGCAGGAAGAGGCAGGCCAUCCUAGGAGAACACCCGUCUUCCUACAACGAUAAAGGCUACGGCCAGCCCUGCCCCCUGCUGCCGUUGCCUGGCAACAGCAGGUACAAGCUGGGCUCCUUGGACGUCCCGGACAUGGUGUCCUACCCCCCGCCCCAGUCGUCCUCCUCCUCGUACUCCAGCCAGGCCUCUAGCUCCGUCGCCAUGGUGAGCGGCCUCCACCCCUCCAAGAUGAACUGCACCCGCAUCUUCAACCUCUUCUGUCUCUACGGCAACAUCGAGAAGGUGAAGUUCAUGAAGAGCGUACCCGGGACGUCCCUGGUGGAGAUGGGGGACGAGUAUGCGGUGGACCGGGCCAUCACACACCUCAACAGCAUCCGCGUGUUCGCUAAGAGACUCAACGUCUGUGUGUCCAAGCAGCACUCGGUGAUCCCCAGCCAGGUGUUUGAGCUGGAGGACGGCAGCAGCAGCUACAAGGACUUCUCCAUGACGCGCAACAACCGCUUCAGCAGUGCCGGCCAGGCCUCCAAGAACAUCAUCCAGCCCCCCUCUGCCGUGCUCCACUUCUACAACGUCCCGCCGUGCGUGUCCCAGGACCACCUGCUGAGGCUCUGCGAGGAGCAUGACGUCCCCGGGUUCGUCAAGUUCAAGGUCUUUGACGCAAAGCCCUCCUCCAAAACCAUCUCCGGUCUGCUGGAGUUCGACAGCAAGACCCAGGCGGUGGAGGUGCUCACCGUCCUCAACCACUACCAGAUCCGGAUUCCCAACGGCUCCAACCCCUACACACUGAAGCUUUGCUUCUCCACCUCAUCCCAUCUGUGAACCCAGGAGGAGCAGGAGGAGAGAGGAGAGAGGAGAGAAGAGAGAGGAGAGAGGAGAGAGGAGAGGAGCGGGAGGAGAGAGGAGAGAGGAGAGAAGAGAGAGGAGAGAGGAGAGGAGCGGGAGGAGAGAGGAGAGAAGAGAGAGGAGAGGAGCGGGAGCAGGAGGAGGCGCAAGAACCUCAAACAGGAAGAAGAAUCCCAGCACCCAGGAAGAUUGUGCAGUGAAGAGCAGAAGAUGACUGCAGAUGAACAGACCAGUAGAGACAAGUAGAGACCAGUGGGGUUGAUGUUGGUGAAGGUGGUCAUAGUGGUUUGCAUUUCACUGACACAAAGAAAACAAAGUUCAGCCAACGGCUGAGACACUGUUUGGUUUAGGCGGGGGAGCAGGACUACAUGUCACUGAUGAGGAGUUGACCUGGUGGAGUAAGACGCUACGAGGGCCUCAUCAAUCCAGUGAUUCACCCGUCAGGGACCGUCAGUGGUCCAUGGUGUGUCCUCCAGACCUGCGGUGUGUGUUAGGGGAUCAGGAAGGUGGAGGAGAGGUUUUGAUUGACAGACAGAGCCACUGACGCUGACCAAUAGAAUCGCGGAUGGAUAAAGUACUAUCUUCUCUAUAAUUAUCUUAUGAACACGAAUAUUUGUGUUUUAUGAUGUAAAGUUUACUUCUUGUUGAGACAAAUAUACUUGAAAGUUGUGAUCCUAUGUUAUAUUUACGGAAUGAAAUUACUUCGACGCAUUAUUUCUCUGAUUAAGUGUGAUAAACUUUGCGUCGGUAAAAUGUUAACCGAUCCCGUACUAAUGGUGGUUGAUGUAAUUAUUUUCAGACGCAAGCUAGUAAGCUUAGCAGCUAGGUGUGUGUGUGUGUGUGUGUGUGUGUGUGUGUGUGUGUGUGUGUGUGUGUGUGUGUGUGUGUGUGUGUGUGUGUGUGUGUGUGUGUGUGUGUGUCUGUACACAUGUGACUGUUUGUUUUUUCUUUACUGCAGCGAUUCUGAAGAUAGCUUUGUUUCACGUUUUGAGGAGGGAGGGAGCGAUCAUUCUAGAUCAAAAUGGAGACAUGUGAUUUCAUUAACAAUGCACCCAUUAUCCGAGAGUCAACCCUGUGUUUUCGUGUCUGUGCGUGCCUCUAUGUGUUCACGUGUGUGAGUGUGUACUCGAUGCAUUUAAAAGAAACACACACAUCACAGUGUUGUGUCGUGUGUGUGUGUGUAUAUCAGUCUGACAGCCAGUCAGGCAUUUAGCAGACGCUAUCACCCUAAGCGUCUUACAAUAAGUACAUUUGUCAGAAGAAAGAGAAACAACAAUAUAUCGCUGUGGGCACAGUAAGAAUUGUCAUUGAACCAAUUGCCAAGCACUAACAAUCUCUAGGUUAACCCAUUCCCCGUGUACAACAAAGACAGCUAGGAUAAGACGCUACACAAUGCUGAGUACUAUUUUUAAGUGCAAGGACGUACAACAUACAAUAAGUGUGUACAUUAAGUGCCAGGACGUACAACAUACAAUAAGUGUGUACGGUUGCUGAGGAACUGAGUCCGGACAGGACUGCUCCACUCUCUUCCUACCCAGUGUUACAUUAAGGUGUGCCCACUCCGCCCCCAUACGAAGACCAACACAGCAUGAACUGUUGGCCCCCGCACCCCAGCCCUCCUCCACCGCAGACUGUACUCACACAGCGGCCGACUGCACCAACAAGUCCGUCCAGCUGUCCCUGCUGCUGUCGGCCCGGGCAGCCUGCCAGCGCCUCUGGUCUACUAGACCAGGUGCCACCGCGACGGCUGAUCACAAUCGCAGAUCUUCUUCCAAAAAAAACCCAUGUUGGAGAUGGAAAUGUUGGAUUUCCAUUUCCCAUUCCCGCAUUGGAUGAGCCUACAGAUGGUCAAGUUUAGUUUUAAGGUUAGAAAUGGUGACGUUUGAAUAUGUUAGAGAUGAUUACGGGUAUGGUUAGGUUUCGGUAUAAGUUAGGUAGGGUUAAGUCAAGAUAUAAGUUAGAGUUAAGUCCAGGCGUUGGUUAGGUGUGGUUUGAUUAAGGGUGCCCCUUCCAAAGAGGCAGCAGUGCAUCAUGGGAGUAUAUGCAGAGCUGUGGUUGGUACACCUGCAGACCUCAGAGACAAUAUUUGACUAUCUUAUAUUACACCGUUUGUUUUUAAAGUCAUGCAGCAUGCGGACCAUCAUUUGCACAUUGUAUGAGCACCUGUCCCUGCAUCGCUGACGAGUGCAAGCCGUUGUGUGUUGAUGUGUCCCCAGAGAGCUCUCUGCAGUUAAGCGGGCCCCUGGGAUCAGGGGCCUGAGAGUCAGACGUGGUCUAUACUCAGCGGGCCGAGCAAAGGCUUAACUCUGGCUGUUUAUGUUCAAUUCUGUAUUUUCUCUGUCGCCUGUUCUGAGUUGAUGCAUAUUUAAUGUUUUCAGUAAUUUUUUCAAAUUAAUGCACAUACAAAUGGAUUGAGAAAAAAACAAUGAACUACUUAAGACAUAAAGAAAAUCUUGUCGUU